AUGUCAACGCAGAUGAAGGUGUGGCUCGAGGCCUUCAGUAAUGACCCCACCAAACGCAUGGACAAGGUGUCGGAGCACCUCAUCAAUGUUGAUGCUCGCUUGAGCAACAUGGAGCAAGGAGGCUCCAAGGAUGAUGCCGACACCGCAGCCGUAGCCAGGGCAAAGCUGGAACACAAGGACACCACCAAGGACCUUGAGGUCGAGACCAAGCGAGCCAUGGGAUCGUUGGGCAUGCCUUCCUCAAGGAGAAGAUAG